AACUUAAGAGCAUGCGUGCUCUCUGCUCUGCUAUUGCUCUGUGCUCUUGACACCCUGACUGCUUUCCAGAGACUUUAAGAAGACAUAAUUAUGGUAAUUAUCAUCAAAUUAUAUUACAGAGUGAAUGGGGGUAUUAUUCACUGAAAAUACCGGUCAAUUAAUCAUAUGUAAUCCUGGACGUAUACCCCGUUAAAUUGAAUUGAGCUGAGCCGAAGCCGAGGAGCCAACACUAAAAAACAGCAACUAGCAUUAGCAACACUACGAGUACAGUUAAGUUGGAACGAACGAGUGACGACAUGUCGGCGUCAUGACGCGUAGUAUUGCGCAAUAAAUGGAACUGGAAGUAAACAAGUGAAGUUCUGUAAUGAUGCAGUCUUGCUGUACUCCGCCAAUUUUACUGAACAAUUGGAAGUGAUAUUGCCUCUACACUGAUAGUGAAAAUCACUGUAUAUUGCUAGAUCUUUACAUCCAGAUCCAGAAGGAUAUUAUAAGUUUUUUAACAAAUCUAACACAAUUGCAAUGUCGACUAAGAAAUUUGUGUGGGCUGAGCUGCAAAGUUAAGCCGCUAGUAUGAUGUACCGGUACAUGCAUUCACAUUUGCAGCAGCAGCAUGUGCGGUGACUGCUGUCUUCAGUGUCUGUAGACUGUACUCUGCUAAUCAAAUCUGGGGAGAGCAAUGUACUUUUCCAAGAUCUAUCUCAACACCUUAAUGUUGUAGCCAUGGAUAACGAUACUGGACCAGGAGAGAUCAGGAUUAAUAGCUUUGUCUUUCUUGAUUUGGAAACAAGUCAUCUCGAGAAAGGUGACCGGCCAACAAUAAUUGAAAUGAGUCUGUUUGCAGUCCACCGGACAGGACUUCUCCACCCAGAUGUCCUCGCGUCAGUAAAUCGUGCCAAAAGACAAGAUACGACGUACGAUCUGUCGAAGGUGCUAUUUCCAAGAGUCGUUGACAAGUUGACUCUCUGCUUGGACCCGCGAAAGCAGACGAGCGCUCAGUCGUUUUGCCUCACCAAAUUAGACAACCUUAAUCUUUGCGAGAGCAAGAAGAUGGCCCUCGAUAAAGAUGUGAUCUCCAUGCUGAACAUCUUCUUGAGACGACAAGAGGGACCAAUCUGCCUGGUUGCUCACAAUGGAAACAGAUUCGACUUCCCCAUGUUGAGGACGGAACUCUCUCGUGUGACUGCGAACGAACCCUUUGAAGAUUUUCUCUGUGCAGACUCAUUGGAUGGCUUCAGGGAUAACUUUGCUUCAGAGGUCAAGCAGGUGGAGGAUCCAGGCUUCCUGAAACGAAAGAAUCCAGAGCGUGAAGGUUCAAAUCUUCCAGCAAAACGAGGGACAGAUAUGUCCGACACCAUCCCCACCAUCCAUACAUCAAGCAAUGCUGCGUUCCCUUCAUCAGAUCAUGCUGCUGUUGCUGAUAAUGGUGAUGAUAAAGUGAACGACCGCAGUACUUCUGAUAACACACCGGAUCGGACCCUCGCCAAACGCCCCUCCCCUCCCCCGCCCCCAAGGAAAAUCUCGUACUCCCUCAUCAAUAUAUUCAAGAGAACUUUUGGAAGGGAACCACCAAUUUCUCAUUCUGCGGAAGAUGAUGUCGCAUCCUUAAUCAAGGUUCUUCAACCGAGAAUGGAGGAGUUUGUGAAAUGGGCUGAUGUACGUGCCGUGCAAUACAAAAAUAUUGACUACUAUUACAAGCCCCUCAAGCCCAGACGUAAAUUGUUUGAUGAUUGAUUGCCACAUGUACAUGUAUUUUUUACUGCGUCUGUCUCUUUUAUCGUUUCUCGGUUGGAGAUCAUGUCAUCUGGAUCUUACCAAAUUUACAGUCAAUCACUUUCUAAUAUUAAGUGCUAGACAGUUAUCACACGCUCAUCACAUGACAUACUACACAUGUAGGCCUUGCCGCCCAAGUCACUUGUUAAUUGUAUUCAUGAAUAAAUUAUAUGAGAUUGAUGUGCGAGGACUUAAAUGCAUAACAGCAUUGGAAGCAACUAGGGACCCUGUAAGUGUAAGGUGUAGUGUAAUAAUUGGAGAACAAAUUUCUAUGAUUGCAUUCAGUGGAAAAUCAAGAGUUCACUCAUUGCUAAAAGAUUGGUGAUUUGGGCAAACAACAACAAAAAACAUUUAUUUUGACUACUGAUGCACCAUGUAAAUGUGAACCGGAAUAAAGAUGUGUUAUAUAUUUUUUCUGUUUAGAAUGUAUAUAUUGACAUGCAGCUGAUAUUAGAAAAUAUUACAAUUUAGAAAAAAAUAUAUUGUUGUUCUAAAUGUAUAUAAAGCCAUUGAUAAAUUUCAGUGGAAAGUUAGUUUAGAUACAUUCUCUUGGAAUACAAGUAAUGAAUAUAUCAUGGAACUAUUAAACUAUUGUGUAUUCUUGAUGCUCAUUUAAAGAUAAACACUGGCAGUAGUAACGACAGAAAAUGUUCACAAAAUUGAACAAAAACUAUAAAUAAAUAAAUUAGGUAAAGCAAAUGUAGAUAAACUAUACUUCCUUAAGAUCUUGCCAGAGUUACCACUGGAAAUCAUGUAAAUGUUAUAUAUUAUCAUGUAGAUUACAUGUCAUCUUAAAGGGAUGGUCCAGGCUGAAAGUAUUUAUAACUUAAGGACGUUCCACAGUUAUGUUUGUGCGCAUUAUGAUCUGCGCAUAGUUUACAACCUGCGCGCUGACGUCACAAUGGAUGAACAGGUGAUUAAUUAGCUGCGGGUAUGUUCUGAUUUUUCUCAUCUUCUGCACUUUAACUGCAGAUCCGAUGCGUUCUUUUAUGAAGCUAAAAAAUUGAAUUAUUCCAUGGACCAUUCAAAAAAAGAUUCUCUACAAUUUCAAAAUACUUUACUCUGCAGUGCUGCCAAGAAUCACAAAUAUUACCCCGAGUUUGAAUAAAUGGUAGAGUGGUUUUGAUUUUUUCUUCACAUAGAUACAAAGCAUUCGGCGCAUUAAUGGUGUUUUAAAAAGCACAUUUGCUCUAAUAAAAAUACUGAUAGUUUAAAAACAAGCACAUGAACCCCUAUUUUUUAAUGUUUGUUCCUCUUAGGUAUACCUUUCGCUACAACUCUACAAAUUUUGGUGAAAAUGACAUGGAUUUUGAAUAAAGUGCAGCAUUUAUUGUACUUUUGUAGUUUGUUACUGAAAUAUCACAUUUUUUAGAUUGGGAUUUUGUUAUCUUUUACGCCAUUUUUAAGAACUGACAGUGCUGUUAAACUUAAAAUUGCAAACAAAUAGCACUAUAAAUAUAUUCUCCAUUCUAACGAUACAAUUAUCAACUCUCUUGCGAAAUUUGAUGACUUUUUCAUGUAUUUUGACUGAGUAAUACAGGUUUAAACUCAUUGUAGUAAUCUUGGGCGGUCUAAAAAUGCCAAAUUCUUUUGAAUGCGCAAUUCUUAAGAACAUCAAUAUGGACCUAUGUUAAUUUUUGCAUAUUUCGAAUAUUGAGGUUCUAAAGUAUCUAUGUGCAAAGUUUGGUGAAAAUGACAUGGAUUUCACUUUAACUGUGGAACGUCCUUAAUAGAGUAGAAUUCACUGAGCAAAAUGCCAAAAAUUUCAUCAAAAUUGGAUAACAAAUAACAAAGUUAUUGAAUUUUAAAGUCUAGCAAUAUUUUGUGAAAACAGUCGUCAUGAAUAUUCAUUAGCCCACCUAAUGAAUAUUCAUGACGACUGUUUUCACAAAAUAUUGCUUAACUUUAAACUUCAAUAACUUUAUUAUUUGUAAUCCGAUUUUGAUGAAAUUUUCGGCAUUUUGCUCAGUGAAUUCUACUUUAUGUAUUAAGAUAUAAAUAUUUCCAGCAAGGACUAUCCCUUUAAAGGAGAAUCCAACCAGAUAAGAAAAACAGAAUGUAGAAAACUUGUAAGAAAUCGUACAAGGCAUAAGAAAGUAAUUCCAAAUUGGCAUUUUGGUAUUUUGACAGGUGUAGGGAUAAUUUUCCCAUCUAUAGGCUGUGUGCAUGUACUUAUGGCAUCACCAAUUUGAACUCUCCAUAGGUACAUGUAUAGUCACAAUUUGAAUUUAUGCAGCUUUUUUUUUCAUUCACAGUAUUGUUAAAAAAAUAUAUAAUAAUGUUUUUCUCUGAGAACAACUUUCCAUCUGGUUUGGAUUCCACUUUAAUGACAAAGUAGGCCUUAUAGUCAUUCAUAUCUCUUGUUGUGUUAUACAUUUAAUAUACAAUAAUCUAUGAAUUUUGUAUUGAAAUCUAUAUUUUAGAGAGGUUUUCGUAUAAUAAACUAUCAUGGCAGUAUAUCUGAUCUGAAGUCUUAAA